GGCUCUCGCCCCUCGCUGGGUCCCUGGACCUGCGGUUCCCGCCCGCUUCCCCUGCACCUGCUCCUGUUGGCGCAGCUCCUGGUGGCGCAGUGAGCGCGGCGCAGUGAGCUUGCGGCCCUGGGAGGAUAGGAAAGGAAACGCAGGAGUGGAGCAGGUCUGAGGAACCAAGUGUCCGGCGGUGCACCUAGCGUUGAGAAUCCAGAGGAGGAAGAGCAACCAAGGAUAGGCCCAGGAGCAAUGUCGUCCAAAGAGGAACAAGCAGUAAAGGAUCUCAACGUGGAGAAUGAUGAAAAAGAAAAGGAAGGAGGGAAGUCCUCCAAGCAAAAUGAAGAAUCCCACCAUUUAGGAGGGACUGAGAGCAAGAAGCCAGGGGGAAAUGUCAGGAGGGGACGAGUUAGGAGGCUUGUCCCUAAUUUUCGAUGGGCCAUACCUAAUAGACAUGUUGAUCACAAUGAAGUGGAAGACGAUGUAGGCAGGUUUGUGGGGCAGGUGAUGGAAGUGAAGAAAAAGACUAGGGAGCAGCAGAUGAUGCCUUACAUGCGUUUCCGAACACCGGAGCCUGACAAUCAUUAUGAUUUUUGCCUCAUACCUUGAAACCUAAGGUUUGCUCCAAGGAGCAUAAAGUGGUUACUGUUUUACAAGCUAGUAUUUUAGUGACUUUUCUGUAAAGUUUUGGUGUUUCCCCUUAACAGUUUCUGAGUGAUUUUUUUUUCCUUCUAUACGUUUCUCUGAGCAUGGUAAUUUCACCUGUUUUACAAAAAAAAAUUACUCUUUUCAUAGUUUGAAAUUAAUAAAGCAGUUUAAAAAGCAA